UCAUGCCAGUGUACUUGAGCCUGGGUGACAGAGAGACCCUGCUUCUUAAAAAAAAAAAAAAAAGUGUGUGGAUAACUGUAAAAUUCCAUGUUAGUAAAAUCAUGUAACACCUACAAUCAUCUAUUAUGCAAAUCUCAUACUUUGGAAAAUACUGUUCUAGGUAGUAUUCAUGUGAAAGGAAAGCUGAUUAAACUGUAUAUACCCAAGCCUAUAAACAGAAAUGACUGGCCAGAAAUACAAGCCAGUGACACAGUGAGAUGUAGGAGAUCCCUAGAGAGGCCCAUCUAGACCUACAGGGUGAAAUUACCUGCUUUAGAGCAGGUCAAUUUCUCACCUCUGCUUUAGAGUUUUGGUCCAUGGAUCAGCAGUUCUGCAGAAUUUCACCAGCUGAUUUCACAAGGGGAAUGUGAAAAGUUGCCUGUCUGUGGGAAAAGCUGGUUAUCAAAGAGAAGCCUGGAAUAGAAAUUCCGGGGGAAGUGGCUAUGAUUCUGCAUCAUACGGGAACAGAGCAGGGCAUGCUUGCUAGGAAUAGCAGUUGAUUUACCUCAGAGUCUAGAAGCUAUGUAUUUGUAUUGGGAAAUUCCUGUGUUAUAUGAUUUAUGAUUUAAUUUGCCUCCUAGAGGGAAUUAAAUUAGAGGGAAUACUUCCCUAUACAUGGUGUUCUGUUUAUUUAUUAGUAGAUGUGCUUUAGGGUAUAGUCAUUGUUGAUAACAGUUGAAUCUUACUUUCCCUUAGUAUCCCCAGGUUGCUGAGCUGCUUUAGUUAUUUCUUUCUUUCCUUUUCUUAGAGAUUGUAAACAUAUUUGCUUCUGUUGUCUUUUGACUCUGUGCUAAAAUAAUCCUAGAGGGACCAAAAAUCUAAUGGGGAGUGAAGAUUUACACAUUAAUAGUUACGUUUAUUUUUAAGUGAUACAUUCUGUGAUACUGAUUUUGAAAAAGUGUUUUAAAAAGUAUAAAGGACAAACACCUAUGUGAAUAAACAAAUGUUAUUUUGUACAUUUCUGUCAAAUUUUAAAAAGUAAAUAAGGCAUUGCAAAUAAAGUCCCAUGUGUUCUUUUUCAUGGUCUCAGUCCUUUUCCGAGAGGCUUGCUGUGAAUUAGGUGUAUAUUCAGUGUUACACAGUAUUUCUGCAGUGUUGUUUCAGUAGUUUUAAGGCUCACGUCUCCUUCAUGGUAAUCUGUUUUUCAUUUUAAUUUCCUUCCUUUAUCAUUGGGUUGGUUGUCUGUCACCUCUGUCCUUUAAUAUUCUCAUUUCUUUUUCCUUUUUAUUUCUUUCCUUUGUUGGUUUUAGAUUUGAGGGGUGGCUCUAGUUGGCUCCUAUAGCUUUUACCCAGUGGAUGAGAACUGUCUUUUUUGAUAGAUAAAUCAACCAGUCACUUUUUCUUUGAUUCUUUUCAGCUGUUUCUUCAUAGCCAAAGGUAGCUUUCAUUACUUCUAAUUUUGUGUAUAGAAAGUUGUGGAUGAUAGAAGGUACCAGAUAUCCAGUGUGCAAGUGUUACUAUAUCAAAAUAGCAGCUCUGCAAGUAAGUAUCAAAAUAUGUAAUUUAGCAGACUGCAACUUUUUAUGACAUAUAUCUUUCAUUUGUUUGUUUUGAGGGGGGCUCUAUGUUGCUCAGGCUAUCUGAAACUCCUGGCCUCAAGCAAUCCUCCCACUUUGGCUUCCCAAAGUGCUAGGAUUACAGGUGCGAGCCAUCGUGCACGUCCUUUAUGACAUAUAUCUUAAAACACAUUCUGUAUAACUCACUUUAGGAUUUUUUUUUUUCAUUUAAAAAUUUUUAUUUGAGAUAGAGUCCCACUCUAUCGCCCAGGGUGGAGGGCAGUGGUGCAAUUGAUUACAGCUCAUUGCAACCUUGAAAUCCUGGGCUCAUAGAACUUAAUUUUAAAGUGACUAUUUAUUCAGGUUUUUCUAAGUCUCUCUUAAGUCCAAGAAGAGAAAACUACCUGUCACUCAGAUGUUCUGAAAUAAUAUGUUAAUAGAUUUUCUAAAGUAGGUACCGCCAGAAAUGUAAUAUGUCAUUCAUCCCUGCCAGCUGCUAAGACUCUUUGCUUGUAUAAGGAGAGAAGAUAUAGGUUGGGACAUGGAGUGGAAUAGAGCCCUUGGAAUGUAGCUACUCUAGUAUUUCUGUUCUCACAUUUCCAUCAUCACCAUUCUCAGCUCUUAAAGACCCUAAAGGCUUUUUUCGCUACUCCCAAGAUUGAUUCCCAGUCUCAUUCUUUAUAAUGUUGUUAUAUGGAUUUUCACAGACUAGUGGGCUAGAUUUUCAGAAUUUUAAAAGCAGUAAUCUUUGAUCAUAUCCAACAAGAAUGAACUUUUUCUGGAAAUGUCUUAUACAGUGGGCAUUGUGUUUUUAAAAUUUUGGGCUUGUCAUGGGGAGUAUUGGUGGGAGUGAUAUUGGUACCUAUUUGUAAUUAUAAACUUAUAGGGCCAUGUGAACCAAAGGAUCACAAGGGAUGGCCUUUCUGAACUGUAUAGUGCCAUAUGUUUGCAUUUUCUGGAGGAAGGGAAACUACUACUACUCCUCAGUGCGACUUUAUAAGUUCUAUCAGAAAGAAACGACUUGACACAUAUGUCAGACUGCCGUAAUUUUCCCCCCAUUGCCAUCUUUGGUGUAGCACUCUUUUCUUACGUAAUAAAUAUAUGCCCCAAAAGUUUAACAUAUAUCAAGUCAUAUUAAAUGUUUUCAAAGCAUCUAUAGUCAUAUUAUGUUAAAACUUGGUGGUGAAUCUUUUUAUAAAAUGAACCCUGUACUUUGAACUGCUUAAAUAUACAGUAGGUUAAAUGGAGUGUAUCUAUAAACAAGGGAACAUAGAGCGGAGGAGUAAUAAGUUUUUUUUUUAAAGGUUGAUCACUAAAGGGUUUGUAUAGGUGGAUUUUAAGAUGACUUCUGAAGGAACAACAAAGGUAGGUGGGAGAAGUUAGUAUAGUUGGUGGGAAAGUUUGAGGAGGGUGUAAAAAUUAUCAGAUUGGUUCCUCAGUAUAGUAGUUACUGUGCAGCUGUAGUCAUCUGUUUGCCUUUACCUUGGUUCCACAUGAAGACACAGAUUUUACUUGUGCAUUUCUUAAGGUCUCGUUCUGCCCUGGACUAGACUAGAAAUUGCCCAUGGGUCUUUAUACAGUUUUCACAUUAUUAUGUGGACGUGGUAGCUUAUGUUGGAACAAGUGGAGGGAGGAAAUUGGAGGGAAAAAGAGGGAGGAACAUUUUUUUCUGCCUUUGAGGAUUCAAGGGAUCAGGGAAACAAGACAUUUUAAGCUUUCAGUUCUAUACCUCACUAAAUCUAGCUUUCCUUUCACUGAAGUGUUAAUGGAUCUUUCAAAGGGAAGGGGCCUGCCCUGUCUCAAGCCACCUGUGACACAUGGGCCCUAACAACUGUACCUGUGGGGAGGGUUUUGAUUGUUACACUGGAGAAUAUGGGAGGGCUUCCCCUCCCCUUCCCCCAUUUAUAGACAUGGGGAUGCUUCCAUUGCUUUGUGUGCUGUUGCAUUUUCUCCUCCCUCUUUGUUUUCCCUAAGCUAAGCUCUAAGCUAAUUCUGUACAAAAGAAAUACUGAUUGUUUUUGUAAAUUGCUUGCCAUUAAUGCCUGAUAAUAUGCAGUAAAAUAGGAUUCUGCAUACCAUUAAAUAUGUCAAAUAUUACAAACUUGAAGGUUCUUUUGAAAUUACAAUACUAAACUCAGUUCACUUUUGCUUAGCCUUCACAGUUGUUGAUCACAUAGCAUGGUCAUCCACUCACAGCUUAAAAAAAUACAGGGAGCAUCGGAGAGAAUGGGUUCAAUGUAUCUAUGCCUGCCUACUUCAAUCUGCAAGGGAGUGUCAGAAAGGCCCCGCAUUCGCCGAGCCGAGAUACUACUCGCCAGCGAAUCAAAUUCAGUGAUGACAGAGUGUGCAAGAGUCACCUUCUCAACUGUUGCCCCCAUGAUGUCCUUUCUGGAACUAGAAUGGAUCUUGGAGAAUGUCUGAAAGUCCAUGACCUGGCUUUAAGAGCAGAUUAUGAAAUUGCAUCCAAAGAACAAGACUUUUUCUUUGAACUUGACGCCAUGGAUCAUCUGCAGUCAUUCAUUGCAGAUUGUGAUAGAAGAACAGAAGUGGCUAAGAAAAGGUUAGCAGAAACUCAAGAGGAGAUUAGUGCUGAAGUGGCAGCAAAGGCAGAACGUGUUCAUGAGUUAAAUGAAGAAAUUGGUAAAUUGUUAGCCAAGGUGGAACAACUAGGAGCAGAAGGGAAUGUGGAAGAAUCCCAGAAAGUAAUGGAUGAAGUCGAGAAAGCACGGGCAAAGAAGAGAGAAGCGGAGGAAGUUUAUCGGAAUUCUAUGCCAGCUUCCAGUUUCCAACAGCAGAAGCUUCGAGUCUGUGAAGUCUGCUCUGCCUAUUUAGGUCUUCAUGAUAAUGACAGACGACUGGCUGAUCAUUUUGGGGGUAAACUGCACCUGGGAUUUAUUGAAAUAAGAGAGAAACUUGAAGAAUUAAAGAGAGUUGUAGCUGAGAAGCAGGAGAAAAGAAACCAAGAACGCCUGAAGCGAAGAGAAGAAAGGGAGAGAGAAGAAAGGGAGAAGCUGAGGAGGUCCCGAUCACAUAGCAAGAAUCCCAAAAGAUCCAGGUCCAGAGAGCAUCGCAGACAUCGGUCUCGCUCUAUGUCACGGGAGCGCAAGAGGAGAACUCGAUCCAAAUCUCGGGAGAAGCGCCAUCGCCACAGGUCCCGCUCCAGCAGCCGCAGUCGCAGCCGUAGCCACCAGAGAAGUCGGCACAGUUCUAGAGAUAGGAGCAGAGAACGAUCCAAGAGGAGAUCCUCAAAAGAAAGAUUCAGAGACCAAGACUUAGCAUCACGUGACAGAGACAGGAGUUCAAGAGACAGAUCACCUCGUGACAGAGAUCGAAAAGAUAAGAAGCGGUCCUAUGAGAGUGCUAAUGGCAGAUCAGAAGACAGGCGGAGCUCUGAAGAGCGCGAAGCAGGGGAGAUCUAACUAGUGGUGUACAUAUCUUCAAUCCUUAAGCUUCCUAUGGAGUUACAUACAUUGUUUAGUUUACAGCUGUUCAGGUUGACAGUGAGCAGAUCCAGACACCGAUCCAGCUAGGCUAGAUGGACAGUAUCUAACUUGAUCUGAACUGAACCUGUUUUCCUUGAUGAAGCCUAAAACUACAUCCAUAGUUUCUGGUGAACCUGUAAUACAAUUCUGAAAGUACCGUUUUAUAUAAGACACUGAUCUCUUUAUUCUUUCAAGUAGGAGUGAUAGUGAACAAAUUGUGUUACCUGCCUUGGGAUUUUUUGAACAUUUGUAAAAUGCUAUCUUCUUUUCUAGUCUAAACAGCAGCAGCUUUGGAAUUGUUCUUUUUAAUUUUUCUUCCUCUGACUUUUGUAUCCCAUAAUACCUGCACCCUCCAAUCGUAAGAGAAAAGGGGACAGGGAAGCAAUAUAGCUUCUGUUCUAAGUAAGGUUCUAUUCCCUUUAUUAACUUGCUGAUUACAGUUCAGAGCAUUUAUACUGGAAUGUGUGCUGGAGAAAUUUAUAAUAUUGGGGUUUCGUGUUUGUUUAACGGUGCCUACUUAGAGUUGGAAGUUGAACAGCUGUCGCAUUACAUACUUUUGCUUUUUUAUUGAAAUUUUGAAAUCAAACUUGUCUUGAUUUUUCUGUUCUAUUGAAUUGCUAUGUUCAGGAUGUUCUGUGGGGGGUGGGGGCAGGGACUUUUUCGUAAUAAGCACUUGUUUUAUUUUGUGUGUGUGGAGUAUAAAAGCUACACCCUUAUUGUAAAAAAUAAUAAUAAAAUGAAAAACAAUCGCCACCAUUAUUAAACUAACUUGUCUAGUACAUUGUCACUAGAAUUAUUUGCUGUGGGCAUUUCCUCUAUUCUGUUACAUCAUUAACUGUGCCUUACUGUGCAGGGCACGAAAGGAAAUAAAUAUGUACCUGCAAAGAUUCCAGAUGAACUGUUGCCCCACCUGGUCUCCUUGCUGACUGUAUUCCAGCCACUUCAGGGUUGUCUGGGGUAUUUUUGUUUGGUUUUCUUCUCAUUCAACAGAUCUAAAUAAAAAUAGUGUACAUGUAUCCAA